GUAGUGGUACCCACGUGGUUUAAAAAACACAGAAUGACCUACUGCUAGCUUGCUGUCUGACUAAUGUAGCGCAGCUAUCUAGCUGGACAAUAUAAAUGGAUCAAAGUAAACAACAAGAGGAUGACUAUGGCUACAAUUUAUUCCCCGAGAGAAAUGCUCCCAAAUACAAAAAAGACUCGAUAGGAGCGACCUUGUUCACUUUUAACCAUAAGUGUCAGGUCAUGCUCCAUCUCGCCUUGGAAACAAGUCCAUACGCUAAACUUCUACUGGGAGCAAUGAAAAAUUCAGGGUGCCAGGUGUUUAAAGACCGACAUUUUUCCUGUGAAGACUGCGAUGGUGCUGUCAGCGGAGGUUUUGACGCAACCUCGUCGCAGAUAGUAUUGUGCCAGAACAACAUUCACCAGCAGGCCCACAUGAACAGAGUGGUGACCCACGAGCUCAUUCAUGCCUUUGACCACUGCCGAGCACAUGUUGACUGGUUCAAUAAUUUCAAACACCUAGCUUGCUCAGAGAUUCGGGCAGCUAAUCUUAGUGGAGAUUGCUCUUUCAGCAACGAACUGUCCAGGUUCAACUUUGGCCUCAAACAGCACCACCAGGAAUGUGUUCGUGGACGGGCCCUGCGCUCCAUCCUGGCUGUGCGGAAGGUGAGUCGCGAGGAGGCGGAGAAAGUAGUGGACGAGGUCUUUGUCAGCUGCUUCAACGACCACGCCCCCUUCGAACGCAUCCCGCACAGCAAGAAAGAUGCCAAGUUCGCCAAUCGGCAUUACGAGAGCCGGGAUCGGUAUUACGCCAACUUAUAACUUACACUGUGAAGCCUAUAGCGGUGGACUGACGAUCUCUAUUCCAUUUGGUGCUUUUGUAGGGUGCAUAAGUUGCAUCAUGUCAUCUACUGCUACCUCCCUCCAAGGAGAGUGCUUACUGUCUAAAGCUAUAUUGAUGAGGCACUGCAUAGCAUCCUCUUCAAUGGAAAGAAUCACUGGAGUAAUUUUUCCACUUAAAGUCAGUUGGCAAUGAAAGUGAACAUUUUAAAUGCGCAGUACAUUUCGAGUUUUUUUGUUGUUUAAUGAAAAAAGGGACUUUUUUCCAUGAAGCUGAAGUGUUCUCGCUGGUCCUAAAGCUGUAAUGGUAAACAACUGCAGACAAUGAAAUAACUCACCUCUGUAAUGUGGAAUGAAUUAAUUUCAAAGUUGAAAUGGGCAGGGGUCAUGUUUUAAAGGCCAUGUGCUGGCAUAAGACUGACCUGAGAACAAAUCGGUCCAUCAUUAGACCGGAUACCGGUGACCAUGUGGGCCUGUCUCUCACUCUCCUUUUUGUCUCUCUCUCUCUAACCACAUUCUUGACUGAAAAUAAAUGUACUGUUAAUAGAGACAAUUUUAUAGCUUCAACUCAUGUUGAAAUAAAAUGCAUUAAUGUGGGG